AUGGUUAUCCACUCCCUCCUUCGCAAGGCCAAGCAGGGGCUCAAUGACAUUUUGCCCGGAGAGGACAAGCAUUCGCACACGCACGAGGGUUACCAAUGUCGUGAGAGCGAGUGUGCAGAAUUCAGCGAGAACCGCCAUUGCUCGUUUGCCCCUCGGUCGAGAGGGAAUGCGAAGUGGUAUGUGGAUGGCGCAACCUACUUUUGGGCCAUCUCCAUGGCUAUUGAAGAGGCCCGAGAGUCCAUCUACAUUCUCGAUUGGUGGCUGAGCCCCGAACUGUACCUGCGCCGACCCCCGGCCCAGAAUGAGAAAUACCGCCUGGACAGACUGCUCAAAGCCGCUGCUGAGCGAGGGGUGAGGGUCUAUGUACUCGUCUACAAGGAGGUCGAGGCUGCUUUGACUCGUGAGCAGCACACCAAGAAUCAUCUUCAGGGACUCCAUCCCAACAUCAAAGUGUUCAGAUAUCCCGACCAUCAUCCAGCCAAGAAUGUUGUCUCGGGCCUCCAAGACCUCCACACAAGUCUCGUGAGCCUCGAUCUCAAGAACUUCAACCUUGCCAAAGCAUCACAGAGCGCUGUUGAGGGUCUGUAUGGUACCGCCGAUGAUGUGGUUCUUUUCUGGGCACACCAUGAAAAGCUCUGUCUCGUUGACGGCAGGGUGGCUUUCAUGGGUGGCUUAGAUAUGUGCUUUGGUAGAUACGACACGAACAGCCAUCCCAUUGCCGACGCGCACCCAGGUAAUCUGGACAACAUCAUUUUCCCGGGACAAGAUUUCAACAAUGCGAGAGUGUAUGAUUUUGAGGAGGUCAACAAAUGGGAAAACAACAAGCGUAAGUGGAAGCAACACUUGCCAUUCAGUUGGUUGAUACUGACAAUUCUAGUCGACCGGACUAAGGCAUCGAGAAUGGGGUGGGCCGACGUUGCUAUCAGCUUGUCUGGGCCGAUUGUGGACAGCUUGGCCACGCAUUUCUGUGAACGAUGGAACUACAUCUUUGACAAGAAAUACUCCGGUCGUACUAACUUGAAGGUCCACCGUCUCACGGCCCCUGGAGUUCAAAAACACUCCGAUUAUGGCGCCCAUGCCUUGAUGGAUCAAGGAGAGGAGCUCCUGGGCGGCGUUCAGUCCAAGAUCACUUCCAAGCUGGGCAAAUUCUGGGGAGGAGGCGGAGAAGAGGCCGGUGUUUCUCAGGUCCAGGCGCCGCCUCAUCCUCCUGUCUGCAAUGCCAAUGAGCACGGCAUCGCCAACAUCCAAUUGGCGAGAAGUGUCUCGAAGUGGUCGCUUGGUGUGAGAACCGAGCAUUCUAUCGCCAACGCCUACAUUGACGCCAUCACGAACGCUAAGCACUUUGUGUACAUUGAGAAUCAGUUCUUCAUCACAGCCACCUCCAACAAGCAGAGACCGGUUCGCAACAAGAUCGGCAAAGCCAUCGUCGAUCGUGUCUUGCGUGCUCACAUAAACAAUGAAGACUUCCAGAUCAUUAUCAUGAUGCCUGCGGUUCCUGCCUUUGCUGGCGAUCUCAAGUCUGAAGGUGCCCUUGGCACCCGCGCGAUUAUGGAGUUCCAGUACAACAGCAUCAACCGCGGCGGCAGCAGUAUCAUCGAGACACUCAGAAGGGAAGGCGUCCAUGACCCUUACAGGUACAUCAACUGGUACAAUCUCCGCAACUAUGACCGCAUCAACAGAAGUCAGAUCAUGACCCGUGCCGAACGCGAGAGCGGGGUCAGCUACGAAGCUGCCCAUCGCGAUUUUGAGGACCGGUACAACUCCUCAAACUCUGGCGGGAACAAUAGCUACUACCGUCGCUACCAAGCGACCGCGACUUCCCUGACCGACCAGAGCUGGGACACCGUCUCGCCCUGCUACAUGGAGAGCGGCCUGUCCAUCCUCGGCGUUCCAUGGACUGGUAGCCCCGAGGAUGAGCUCGAUGCCUUUGUCUCUGAGCAGCUUUACAUCCACACCAAGGUCCUCAUCGCUGACGACCAGCUGGUCAUCUGCGGUUCUGCCAACCUCAACGACCGCUCUCAGCUCGGCGACCACGACUCCGAAAUUGCCGUCAUCAUCGAGGACCCGACGCCGAUCAGAACUUAUAUGAAUGGCCGCCCGUACACAGCUUCCCAGUUUGCCACCUCCCUCCGCCGCUUCCUCUACCGCAAGCACCUCGGUCUCGUUCCCCACCAGCAUCCCGACCGUCCUGACAUCAACUGGACGCCUGUCACCCACGACGCGGUCAAUCAUUACGACUGGGACUCCCCUUCGGACCGCCUCGUCGCUGACCCUCUUUCGCCCGACUUCAUCAACUUGUGGCGUGGCACCGCCCGCCGCAACACCGAAAUCUUCAGCAGGGCCUUCCACCCUGUCCCCAACGACAAGGUCAGGACUUGGGAGGAUUACGACAACUUCUUCUCCAAGCACUUUGUCAUCCCCGGUGAGCCGGCCGAGCAGGCAGAGGAAGGGUACAAGAACGGCAAGGUCGACUACGGGCACGUUGUCAGGGAGAACUUUCCCGGUGGUGUGGGUGAGCUAAAGAUGUGGCUCAGCGGCAUCAGGGGCAACCUUGUGGAGAUGCCGCUCAACUUCUUGAUUGACGUCCCUGACAUCGCGGAGGAUGGGCUGGCGCUGAACAGCUUGACGGAUGAGCUUUAUACCUGA